AUGCAUCUUACGUAUACCAUACUAGUUGUUCACGAGGCGGAAGCCCGACCACCCGAGGCGCCAGAAUUCAGUGGAAAAUUCCAAUCCACAACCGUCUAUGAAGGAGACUCGGUCAAACUGUUCUGUAGAGCUAACGGCGAUAAAAUCACUUUCAGAUGGUUCAAGGAUAACGAAGAGAUUCCAAAUGCUCCACCAUACAAGUAAAUACAAAAUGGACCUAAUGAUACGACGCUGAUGAUCGAAAAUGCCACAUUGGCUGAAGGAGGCAAUUAUCGUUGUGAUGCCACCAAUAGAUUCGGAACAACGGCGCUGAAUGGUCGUGUGGUCGUACAAAGCCGUCAGAAAUUUGGUGCACCACAUAGGGAACAAAUCACGCUGCGAAAAGUAGAUCGACGACUGGCA